UGCAGUUCAGCUAAUUUUUGUGCAACCUUGUUCGUUUAUCGCAGCGAAUAAAAAUAUAAUUAGGAACAGAAAUAUAUUUAUCCGACGUUAAACAGCCUAAUUGCCGUCGCUAAUGCUCGUUUUUUUUGCCAAAAGAAAACAGCCCGUGAGAAGCGCAGAAAUUGGAGACGAGGCAACCAUUGAAUGAAAUAAAAAAUUCGCAAGAUUCGACCAGCGAGUGCGAGUGAAAAAGAGCAAAGGCAGAAGAAGAAAAGAAAGGAGGAGGUAAAGCGUAAAGCAGAGGCAAAGCAGAAAACGACCAGCCACAAAGCACGAAAGGCUAACCCCCAAACAAAAAGAAGUGCGUGAAUAUUUAGAAAAAUUAACGCCAGACCGCCAUUAGUGUUUUUGUUAUCGUCGACGUCGUCAACGUUUUGUUUAUUGUUGCUCACGAAAAGUGUUGAAUGCUGGCUUCGGGUAAGGCGAAAAAGAUCGGGCGACAACUUCUCCAUUAAAGCGAGCAUAUUGUCGACAUCGUACCGUUCGUUCCCGUCUCCGUUUCUCCCCCGUUUCCGUUGUGCAUCGUGACGUCGCUAAGCGAAAUUCAGAUUCAGCCACCCAGCCAAAGCCAGCGAGAAAGAUAAAAAGAAAAGAGCCAAUAGACAGACAGAAACAGAAAGCAGAAGUAUUUAAACAAGAAAAGAAAAGUACGAAAAUACAAAAGAAAAAAAAAACACACAUAAGAGCAAAAGUAGACGCAACCGAAGAAACGCAUAAAAAUAAAAUUGAAAUCAGAAAUAAGUUCAACUGAAAGCAAAGUACCCCGUGCGUUCGUCGACUCUUGUUGCUGGCAAUUGGCAAUUGGCAAUUGGCUUGCCCAUCUUCUAUUAUGAACAACAAUAGCAAGCGGAAAAGUCGACCUAGUGGAGGAGGAGGCGGUGGUGCCAGCGGCGGCAUCUCAAGAUACAACGCCAACGACAACAGUCUACGACCAGCGAAUAAUAAGGCGGGCGGGGUCGGCAGCGUUGGCGGUGGCAGCGGCGGAGGAAUCGGACGUUCGUCGGCGCCGGGCGUCUAUAAUAACACCUACUUCAUGCACUCGGCUACGGCGCUGGUCGGCAGCGUAGUGCAGGUCCGAUUGCGCUCGGGUAAUACCUACGAGGGCGUAUUUCGCACAUUUUCGGGCAAUUUUGACAUCGCACUGGAGCUGCCCGCGUGCAUAAAGGCUAAAAAUCAGCCCGACGAAAGCAAAGCAGUGCCCAGACACAUCAUAUUCCCGGCGGAUACUGUUGUCACCGUUAUAGCCAAGGACUUUGAUUCUCAAUACGCGACUACGGGCGCCUUUCAGACCGACGGCGCCAUAUCGGACAAAUGCAACGGCACUCGCUUUGAUGAAAAAGAAUUGGAGCCAUGGGACUCUGGAGCGAAUGGCGACGUUGACAUCGAGCUGGAUGGCUCAGCCAACGGCUGGGAUGUAAAUGAAAUGUUCCGCAAGAAUGAGAAUCAGUUUGGUGUGACCUCCACGUUCGAUGACUCGCUGUCGACGUAUACAGUGCCUUUGGAUAAGGGCGACUCACUAGAGUUCAAGGAAGCGGAGGCCAAGGCUGAGAAAUUGGCAGCAGAGAUCGAGAACAAUCCCACGUGCCGGGAACGUUUGGAUUUGGAGAAUGGUGAUGAGGAGGCACUUUUCGCUGCCGUGGAGCGGCCACCGCCAGAUCACGAGCAGGAGCGCGAGCGUGAGCGCAAUGAGCGGGAGAGGGAACGCGAGCGAGAGCGUGAGGAACGUGAACGCGAACGGGAACGUGAUCGAGAUCGUGGCAACAAGCCACGUGGUGGUGGCGGUGGCGGUGGCGGGGGAUCUGGUGACUAUCAGCUGCGUGAGACAAUGAGCAGUGAUCGCUAUAUCACCAAACAAACACGCAACAACAAUGGCCCGCCUGGAUCACAUGCUGUCAUGUCGUCCCAAUCGUCCACUGUAACUGGAUCCCGCGAUCGUGAUAACCGCGAUUCGGCUAUGAUGGGUCAACAGGGCAUGGGCCAGGGCGGAGGCACACAGUCGCAAGCAGUGCUCAUUCUCGCUGGAAGCUUGAAGAAUACAGGGCCAUCCUCGUCCUCUGGCAACGCAUCAACAGAUACGGGCACUGGCGGCAAGUACGGUGGUGGUGGCGGCGGCAGUGGCGGGGGGCCAAUGAUAAAACGCAAAACAGUGCCGCAAGGCGGCAAAAUAAUGCGAGGUAAUCCGCCCAAUAGCGUCGGCGCCGGCAACACAUCUAAUGUUUCGCAAGGCAACAAUAACAAUAACGUGGGUAACAAGAGUGGAGGCUACCAGUCCUCGAUGGGUAUACAGAACCAGUAUUCCUACCAGGGCAGCUCACAGAUCAUACACGGCUCCUCCCAAUAUCGGAAUCAAGGGCAUAUGAGUGGUGCGUCCAAAUUGAACGGUGGCGACUCUGGCUCCAAUUCGGGCAAGCCACUGCCCCAGCGCCAGAUGCGACAAUACCAGGGCUCUCAGAGCAACUCGUCGCUGAACUAUGGCGGCGAAUCGCAGCCGCUGGGCAAGCCCAUGCACGGUGCUCAUGUGCAUGGUGGCCACAACAGUAACUCGCCGCCCCUACAGGCUGGCGGGCAGCAGCAGCAACAACAACAGCAGCAACAACAGCCACCACAGCAGCAGCAGCAGCAGCCGCCGCAACAGCAUCAAAGCCAGCCGCAACAACAGCGUCAAGUGCGUUCACGCGAUAAUCAAAUACAGGAGCUGCGUCAAUUUGGGCAAGACUUUACGAUGGUGUCGCCGCCGCAGCCACAACAGCAGCAGCAGCAGCAACAUGCGCUGCAGCGGAGUGGUUUGCAGCCAUCGGCAUCACCGCCUCAGCCGCAGCAACAGCCGCAACUGGUGGCCAUGCAACAUGUACAUGUGCCGCCGCCGCAUCAUCACCAGCAGCUGCCACCACAGCAACAUUAUGUGCCUCAGCAGCAGCAGCAGCAACAGCAGCAGCCACCGCCGCCGCAGCAGCAGCAACAGCAGCAUGUGCAACAUAUGCAACAGAAGGCGCCACCGGCGCAACAGCAGCAACAACAACAGCAGCAGCAACAGCAGCAGCUAGUAGUAGACAGUCAGCACCAGCAUGUGCCCAAGCAGCAACUGCAUCAGGGCCAGCCUCAGGCACAGCCAACACAGCAACAGCAGCAACAGCAGCAGCAGCAACAACAACAACAACAGUCAGCUCAAUUAGAUCCAAGCCAGCCGCAGCAGCCGCUUUACCAAAUUGUGCAACAAGGUGUGCCACUGCCUGCCAACGUACAGCAGCCGCAAACUUCGCCCGUAGUUUUGAGCUCACCAGGUGUAAUGGAACAGCAGGCGCCUACGCCACUGCAGGCAACUCCAAAGACGGAUGCAUCGCCAGCGCCCAAUAUUGGCGUAGGGUCCAGCAGCAGUAGCAGCGUCACGCCCACUGGCAUUAUUGCUAACACAUCUACAUCCACGGCAGGCACAGGCAGCGCUGCUGCUGGGUCAGACAAAUCGACGCCAGUGAGCAGCGCUACGGGCAACGGAUCGACCACAGCUGCUGGCGCUGGCACAGGCGCAGGCAACAGCACUAGCAACACUCCGAGCACUGCAACGCCAGUCGUGAAGAAGCAUGUGCUGAACCCAUCGGCCAAGCCAUUCACGCCGCGUGGACCUAGUACACCAAAUCCAUCGCGGCCCCAUACGCCACAGACCCCGGUACCCAUGCCGGCCAUCUACACGACUACGGGCGCCCACAUGGCGCCGGCUAAUCCACAGAUCUACAUGGUGCAGCAGCAGCCGCAUGCAUUCCAAGCACCCACACAUCCAGGCGGCCAGGCGCAGCGACUGCGUCGCAAUAAUUAUGGUCAAAUGGGUGGAUCGCAAAUGCAUGUUGCAAGCGCAACGGGACAGCCACUGAUGGCCGCGGCACCGUUGCAACAGUUCAUUCAAUACCAGCAAACUCCGCAUCCACCACAUUUCCAGCCGCCAUAUGGCGCGAUGCCGAUACGCAUGUAUCAGGACCAGCCACAACAGUUACAGUUUUUGACACAGACAACGCCAUCGACGACGCCAUCGCCGGGUCAACCGCAUCCGACGUUCCAUCCGCCCCCACAGCCUUCCCCUGCUGGCGGGGGACCGCAGCCCGCAGCAUUCCCAGGCCAAGGACAGCCAACAUACCAAUUGAUGUGCGUACAUCCCCCGCAGAUCAUGGCCAAUCCCUACUUCCCAGGAACAACGCCGCAGAAUCCGCCGCAGAAUCAACAGUAUCAGAUUGUAAUGCAGCCGCAUAUCACGCAGUAAACUGCACGAUUCUCAAUGGAAGCAUUCGCGGUUGACGUCACAGUGGAAUCAAACAUCAGCGUCAAAAUCUCAUAGCCCCUUUUCGCCCCACACCAACACCACAUUCACACUCACACCAACACCCAUACAUGCACAGCAACACGCCACGUCAGAUACACACACACACACAUAAACCGAGAAUAUACACGAAAAUUCACAUAUACACAUUUCUGCAUCGCCCUCUGCAACCAAACUGAUGAUUCUUUGGGAUUGCCUGGACAGAUUGAGCUCCGAUCAGUUAUAUACAUCACGCCAAGCCAUUCAUACUGGCACUGUCAGGUGCUUCACCCUAAGGCAACCAUUAUACUUAUAUGCAUCGCAAGUGAAACAGCAACACAAACAACUAGGAAAUUAUACAAUAUAUUUAACAAACAACAAAAGGGAAACUAGUGAAUUUGUCUACAGUGCUCGAUAGCCAAACAAACAAACAAACAAAGGCAAAUCAGUACAUAGUUAUCAAAGAAUCAGCGGAAUAACGCUGCAUUUAGAGAAGCUUAAUAGUUCUCAUUACUGAUUUCUGUAUAUCCAAUCUCAUAUGCGUCUCCUUUGGCGUCGAGCUGCCUGUACCAAGCCCCGUAAAUCAA